AUGGCGCUUCCAAUCCUUCCCACUGCUCUCCCCUCGCUCGGCGAUCGUGAUGCGAUCAUUGAUUCUCUAUAUCGCGGCGUCAUCUCCCUCGAUACCGGCGACGAAGCCACUUUCCUAUCAGCAUUCACUGAUGAUGCCGUUGUCGACAUCAAUGGCACUCUCCUCAAGGGUCUACCAACCAUUCGCGGCGGAAUGUUUGAGACCAUUUCGAAAAUUAAUACCACCCACUUCAUUACCAAUGUCCGUGUCGAUCAUGAGCCAGGUGAAUCGACAGCCAAAGUGACCGCCCAUGCAUUGGCUCAGCAUUUCCGCUCCGGCCAGGGAUUCGGACCGGAUGAAGCGAACCUUUUGACUGGGAGUUUGUACUACAGUGAAGUUGUUAAGGGUGAUAGCGAUGGAUUAUGGAAAGCUAAAUUGUUCCAAAUGCGCACCUCUUGGGCCCAAGGUGACCGGGCUAUUGCCCAGGGCAAGUAA